AAGAGCAACCGGCUAAGCAAGCAGCAGCAUCAGGACCGGCGACCCGGGGUCCGCAAUACGGAGGCGCACUCUUCUCCAUCCUUGCAAGACGGCCCCGUGGAAGAGUGGGCGCGUGGGUGGGUAGGGGGGUAGAUAAGAGCUAUGGCCGGAGGGACCCCCGCGCAGGUAGGCCGAGUGGGCCCUGGUCUCUGUCUCUCUCUCUCUUUCAGCCCCCACACUCCCACCACCCGGCGCAACCCCGGCUUUGCACGCCCCAAACCCCCUCCUUCUCCGGUCGUGGGAACGGCGCUGCUGCUGCUUGGUUUGCCCCCUUCCCUUUUUCUGAUGGAAGAAAACCCCUCACCCACCCCCAGGAAGGACCCCCGUCCCACCUCCACAUUGCUGUCCGCGCGGGGUCGGGAUGGCUCGGAUCUUAGACCCGGGUUGAGACCCCCUCCCCAGACCCUUCUCUUGCAUGCCGCCCCCUCCCCUCUUUGCGCCGGGACUGACGGGGUGGGGAAGGAAAGUUGCUUUGCCCGUCUUGCGGGUGAGUAGUAGGACCCGCGAUCCCAUCGCUCCCUGUGCCGGCCGGGAACGAUGGGAGCGGCGGGGCGGAGCGCAGAAGGAUGCUUUUGAGAAGUGGGGGCGGGUGGGGGGCGGGAAGGAAGAACCCACCCCCCCAUUUUCCGUCCGGGACUUGCAAAGGGAAGGCUUGCAAGGCAACCGCCCCCCACUCAGUCACCCACCCACGCGCUUCACUUAUGGGUCCCCGGACCGACGGGGGGGGGGCGCAGCUGAUUUGCAGAAGAUGCAAAGGAGACCCCUCUCCCCAGGGUCUCAGCUGGGAAAACAUCUGGAAGAGUUUCCGUGUCAAAGUUGCACAUUUGAAACCCGAGCACGAAAGGAAGCUGGCGGCGGGGUUCGGCCUUCUGCCUUCCAGGCGGGUCUCGGAGAAGGGGGCCCAGCGAGGUUCCUCCUGCUGGCUUUGGGCUCUCGAAGAGUAACCCCCUCCCCCGUCCUUCCCUUGGUGUGGGGCUCGGGGAAGGAAGGAAGGAAGGAAGGAAAAGACAAGAAAGGAUGGAGGAAGGAAAGAAAACAGGAAGGAAGGAGAGAAGGAACAAGGAACAAGGGAAGGAAAGAGAAGGGAGGGAGGGAGGGAGAAAGAGAAACAGAAGAAAAACAAAGAGGGAAGUUUUCUGGGCUCCAUGCACUUUUGGGGGAGAGAGUCUCCCUCCGCCUGGCUGGGAUGGAACCAGAGUGGGAGCCCCUCCCAUCCCGUCCUCACCUGGCCAUCCUUCCCGACAGGUGCUGGUGGCCUUCGGGGACGUGGCGAUCUGCUUCUCUGCUGAGGAAUGGGCAGAGCUGGAUGGAUGGCAGAAGGACCUCUAUUGUGACGUCAUGGCCGAGAACUUCCAGCUGGUCUCCUCACUGGAAUGCCUACUGGCCAUCCCUGAACUGUUGUCCCAACUGGCACGAGGAGAGAUUGGGCCAACCGCAGGGCAAGAUGGGGAGGGCCAAGUUGUGAUACCGGAGCAGGAGGCAAAAAGCACUGAGGGGUUGCAAGAACCUUCCGAGCAGGCAGAGAAGCCCCACGCCCCCCAUCCCUCCACACCGGGAAAGAAGCCCAAAAGUCCGGUUUCGCAGGCUGGAAGAAAGGCGUCCCCUGCAGGCGAAGGAGAGGGCGUACCGGAGCAGAAGCCCAGCCCUCGGAAGAGGGAGAAACCCUACAAGUGCCCCAAAUGUCGAAGAAGCUUCUUGGGGCGUGUUGCCUUGGCUGCCCACCGGCGUCUGCACGUCCGUAAGUGGCCACGGGUCAUCCCUCAGACAGCUGGACGCUCCCCGCACGCCCCAGAGCUGGCUGGACCCCAGGAGGGUGAGAUGGGUACCGGGGCCAGCCCCUUCCCCAGCAGCCAGGGUGAGGGCACACUACCUUUUUGGCCGGAGAUGGCUUUGCACCAGCAGGGUCCACCGGCCCCCAGCUUCAACCCCUGGGCUCUUGGAUACGGUCCGCAGCCACUGCCCGGCCACCAGGCACCCGGCCUGCCGAGCAACGGGGAGUUUAUCUGUGACCAGUGCGGGUGGAGCUUCCACGGCUGGGAAGAGCUGGUCACCCACCAGAUGGCGCAUAUGGCAGCCGAGGGCAUCGCAGGCUCCGUGCCUAAGGCAGAGGCGUUGGCGCACCUGGCCACUGACCGGCCAUACGCUUGCGCGCAGUGUGGCAAGAGCUUCCGGCACAAGCCCAACCUGCUGGCCCAUCGGCAGGUGCACACAGGCGAGCGGCGUUACCAGUGUCAGGAGUGCGGCAAGUCCUUCGGCAGCAAGGCAUACCUGGCCUCCCACCAGCACAUCCACACCGGUGAGAAGCCGUAUGUCUGCACCCAGUGCGGAAAGAGCUUCCGCCACAAGCCCAACCUCAUCUCCCACCAGAAAAUCCACUCGCGGGAACCCCUCGCUCAUGGCAGCCCACACCCUCUCGAGGCCUUCAACGGGGAAGCCUUUGCCAGCCAGCAGCGUCCAGCACCCGAGUCUCUAGGUCUGGAUGCCUUCCAGCCCGUCCGCCUCGCUGCCGACAUGCUCCUGCCUUGCGCCCGGGGCACCACCCCGCUGCCCCAGCUGGCCGGGAUCCUUCCUCCUCCCUCGCCCCAGCCGGCGGUGGAUCGUCCCUUCGUCUGCCCGGUGUGCGCCAAGCAAUUCCGCUGCAAGCCGUACCUGGUGGCCCACAUCCGGAUCCAUACUGGGGAGAAGCCAUACGCCUGCAGCCGCUGUCCCAAGCGCUUCUCCCAAAAGUCGAACCUAGUCUCGCAUGAGCGCUUGCAUACGGGCGAGAAACCUUACGCCUGCCCGCUCUGUCCGCGCGUCUUCAGCCAAGGUUCCAACAUGCGGGCGCAUCAGCGCAGCCACAGAAAUAUGACUGGGGCCGAGGUGGAGGUGGGACUCCGUCCGGGAUACCCGGCCCGACAGAUUCAGCAACCGAAUUAGAGGAGGGAGCGCUCUUUCUGCAGCUGUGCGCCUAGUCUCGGCUUCUCUCCCUCUCUCCCUCCACCCUCUAUUCCACAUUUUCCUUGGACAAGGGUGCACACGAAAUCUACGCAGAAAUCCCUCCUGCCUUCAAGGGCUGUCUCUGACACCCUGGAGGCCGGCAGAAGGUGCCUUAGUUUUCUUCUGGGUAUGUGUGAGGGACCCCAACCCCUGGCACCGUGCCCUGGGUCUCCGAGAACUGAAGAGGGGCUGGCAAGGAGACAGUGACUGCUUUGUAGGAUUUUGCUAGUGUUGGGAGAGACUCGGGGGCCAUGUCGUGGCGUGCGGGAAGUAUUCAGAAUACAGAACGACUGAAUUGGAAGGACCUUGGAAUGGUCUUCUAAACCAACCCUCUGCCCGAGUAGGAGACCCUAUCAGAUUCCAGAUGAAUGGUUGUCAUGUUCUUUUCAGGGGUGGAGCAAAAUUGGGGUGAACAUCCGUAGGUGGAAUUGUUCCCCAGAGAGUCCCAGGUAGAGGGACGCACAGUGGGCAGAGAUUUGUCUUAUCACCUCCCUCAUGACAUUAACCCUUCUCCAGUCUCCAAGGGCCGUCUCUCGGGGAGGUAAAAGGACCAAGGGAAAAAAAAAGAGUAGAGCAGGUUCCACAAAUGAUGUCCCCCCCACCCGGGUGAAAUCAGUACUGGGCCCUCGGUUUCACCAAGAUGUACGGGACACCAACAACAGCAACGGGCAAAACAUACGGCUUAAAAAGUGAGCAGGGGAUUGUCCUUGUGGGGACGAAGGGGGGGGUCUUCUGGUUUGUCUCCAGGGCCCCGAAGAUCCCUGGAGCUUUUGGGUCUUUUGGUGGGAGAGCUGCGUCGUUCCCUGCACGCAAGGAAGGCUGGCUGCGCUGUGCUGCAUGCUUGCUCUCGUUAUUUCCCUAUUUAUAGAAAGAGUAGAAUUUGAGUUGUUGGAAAGAGGUGAGAAGAGGCCGGAUUGCGUGCUUCCAAUUCCUGACGUCGGUUGACCACCGUGAGGAUAGCGUGUUAGUUCGCGUUUCCACCAACUUCCUACUGUAUACUCUUUUAAAAAUAACAUAA